ACAUCCGAACAUCAAUCACUAUCGACAUGUCUUCGAAGAUCGCUCUUUUGUGCAUGGCCGCCGCCGUGGCUUUGGCCCGCCCUGAUAGGCCUGCUCAAAACGGGUAUGGCUACUCAGCCCCCUCACGUCCUCUGUCCUACGCGCCUCCAGCUCCUGCCUACAAAGCCCCCGAGCCAUCCUAUUCUGCCCCAGCCCCAUCCUACAAAGCGCCAUCCUACGAAGAGAAACACGAGGAGGGUAUGCCCUUCGAUUUCUCCUUCGAGGUCCAAGAUGAAUACCAAGGUCUCAACUUCGCCCAUGACUCCGACUCCGACGGGAAAGUCGUCAACGGAGAAUACCACGUCCUCCUCCCCGACGGUCGCACUCAGAUCGUCACUUACACCGCCGACCACUACAACGGGUACCAGGCCGACGUCAAGUACGAGGGCGAAGCCAAGUACCCCGAGACCAAGCCCUACAAGCCCGCCCCAUCCUACGGCGCCCCUGCCCCAUCCUAUGGACCCCCAGCACCUACUUACCAGAAGCCCAAGUCCCUAUACGGCGCCCCAAGCUACUGAGGUGUUGCCCCUUCUUCUGAAGACUUAUUUAUAAUGAAACCUCUGAAUUAUAAUAUAUAGAGUAUACGACUUUGCACGAAA